UGAAAGGAAAUUGGGGACAUAGACAUUAGGAACACAGGCAGUUUGAAGUCUUUGGUCCUUCACCACCUGUUCCCCACUGUAGUUGUAUAACUUUACCUUUACCCUUAUCUUGAACUUAAUUGUUAAAGAUGGAGCCUGACUCAUAUCAUCGCAUUUACGUGGAGAGAACCCUGGCUCUCAUUAAACCAGACGCCAUCCACAGAAGUGAGGAGAUUGAAGACGUUAUCCUCAAAGCGGGAUUCGCUGUGUUGCAGAACCGGAAGCUGCAGCUAAGUCCAGAGCAAUGCAGUGACUUCUACGCAGACCAGUAUGGAAAGUACUUCUUUCCCAACUUGACUGCCUUCAUGAGCUCUGGCCCCAUCAUCGCCCUGACCCUGGCCCGCAGCAAUGCUAUUGCACACUGGAAGUCCCUCAUGGGGCCUGUCAACAGCACCAAGGCUCGGGAAACUCACCCAGAAUGCCUUAGAGCAAAGUAUGGCACUACUGACCUGAAGAACGCGCUCCACGGCAGUGAGUCAUUUGAUGCAGCUGAGAGGGAGAUCAAAUUCAUGUUUCCAAACUCUGUUAUUGAGCCCCUUCCUUCAAGAGAAGAAACUGAAGAAUACCUGAGCAAGCAUGUGAACCCAACUCUGUUUCGAGGGCUCACUGAGCUCUGCAAGCACAAGCCUCUCAACCCCUGUGUUUGGCUAGCUCACUGGCUGAUGAAAAACUGUCCCAACAUGCCUCAAAUCGUUGUGGAAGAGGCAGAAGACAAGAAGUAAGAAAGGAAUACAUAACAUCUGAAUGGGUACAUUCUAACAAAUGUCUUCAGUCCUUCGAUAAAAAAAUAAAAUAUAUUUUCAACACAAA